AUGUCACUUCGAGCUUCUCUUUUGCUUUUUCUGGUAUCUUCGCUAGAUUUUGCUAGCGCAGCAACUUCACAUACAAAUUGGAAGCGCGAUGGAGACGUUGCCGUAAACGACAAAUGGGCGAACCACGACAAAGUCGUCCCCCUGGCGGAAGCUCCUGGCUAUGAUCUCGAUGGCGAGGUCCAGAUGACUUUCAAACCGCUGAUCCACUCAUGGCACGGAUGUGUUCCAUACGCAGCGGUCGAUGCUGAUGGUGCUGCUGGUGCUGGCUUGAAGCCAACGGGUAAAGCCGGCGGCGACUGCCGCGACUUUGGCCAAACUGGCCAGACUUAUACACGAAUCGGAAAGUCCCACGGUCGGACGGGCAUCAUCUACAGCUACUACCUACCCAAAGUGCAGGGCAACGACGAGCAGCACAAGCAUCACUGGAUCACGGCCGUCGUUUGGCUGGCCGUCGACAAGUGUCCCGACGAUAUCAACAACUUUUCGCCGCGUGGCGUGGCGUACUCGACGAACCCACAAGGGGCUUUCGACACCACACACACGACCAAUACCCUGUUCGUUAGCUGGGAGAACUCAUCGACAGCAACGCGCCCCAUUCUGGCUUACGAUGCCGGAGUUCCUCUUAUCCCUUCCGCAAAUGGUCCAGAAGGAGCCUUGAGUCCUCCUCUGGUUGCCUGGGAUCGGCUUCCGGCUGCAGCGAAGGAGCAGCUGAAUGGCAUUCGAUAUGAGCACACCAGAGUCCCCUUCAGCGAUGCCAACUUUCAGGGGAUUCUCGACUCUGCUUAUAGCGACACUUUCUUCACUGGCGUUGGUCCGGAUGGCACGGAUUGUGGCGACGAUACGCCAUCGCAGGACGAGAUUGAUCCUGAUUUUGGAGACCCGGUUGCUUCGUCGACUGCGGCGCCCGAGCCCGAAGCCACCGGUCUUUCUAGGUGA